AUGAUUGACCCAAUUGAUAAAAUUAUUGAAGAAACAUUUGUUUAUAAAAUUGAUAUGCUUCAUAAUCUUUCUUUAUCAUCGAAUGCUUCAAUGAUUCGUUACGCUUUAGCAUAUAAAGACUUUAAUCCUAAUGAAAAAUAUCCUGAGGAAGAGAUAGAAUCAAGUUUUGAAUUAACGAAAAAGUAUUGGAAAUAUAAAAUUGAAUCAUAUAAGAAACAAGAUGAAAAAGCAGAAAGGAAUACUAAAAAUAAUGUUUCAAUGGAUGAUUUUCAAUACUAUCACGAUUUAAUCCUUUCAUCUAAAUGCAAAAUGUGUGGUAAAGCGUUUACAUAUGCAAAUAAACCAACAUUGGAUAGAAUCGAUAAUGAAAAACCACAUACCAAAGAAAAUUGUCAGUUAAUGUGUUGUUAUUGUAAUGUCGUAAAAUCAAACAAAGAUGAAGAUGUUCAACGUUUAAGAAUCAAUUUAAGAAAUUACGCAUUAAAAAAUAAUUUACCAAUGACUUUAGAUUCAGUUGAAGCUUAUCACAUUCUCCGUAAUGGAAUUACUGGUGGGUUAUCAAAUGUUCAACAUAGAGUAAAUCUUAAAGGAAUCACGCACAUUAAUAAACUUUCAUAUAGUCCAGAAACUAAAACUGUAUCAAAUGAGGACACUUCCAACAUCAUGACUCAUUUCGUUGGUGUUGAUUUUAAUUCAUUAUAUCCUUCAUCAUUUUCAUCUAAUCCCCAUGAUUUUAUUCAAUAUACUGACCAUAAAAUGUAUAUGCCGGGAAGAUUGAAUGGAGUUAUCAUUUGUGAUACAGCAACAAAGAAAGCAAAAGCACUGGGAAUAAUUAGAAAGAAAAAUACUUUAUUCGUGGCUGAAGUAAAGGGUCACAUUGAUGAAAAAUACAUUAAUGAUUACAUAAACUUUUUACCGAUAAUAAGAAACUUAGAUAUUAUCACAGAUGAAAAAACAAUUGGUAGUUUUAUGUAUAAUUACAUGAAAUCAAACAAUUUACCAGUUGACCAGAAACAGAGAAAAUUAACUCAGUUAGCAUCAACACACAACCAAUAUCAACCAUUUUCUUCUUAUUAUCUAUGGUAUCUAAUAGACAGAUUUCAUUUUAUCAUUGAUGACAUUCAAUCAAUUUUAACAUUUACUAAAAACACUUGUUUUAAUGAAUUUGCGAACGAAUUUAUGAACGAAAGACAAAAGGCUGAAUUAGAAGGAAAUAAAGGAAAAAGUUUAUUUUGCAAAAUUUCACUUAAUGGAUCAUAUGGUUACGAUGCAAUGAAUACACAAAAUUACGCAAAGACUAAAAUAAUGAAUGCACAGAAGGCACGCGUUGCAUGUAUGUCAAAUAAGUUUAAAAACAUAAGAGAAAUAGGAGAGGAUAC